GGCCGACGAGACAACAGAACCGGGUUGGAAAUCCAGUUGACAAAAAAGGUUUCAUGACACGGCGCUCCAGCCGUAACCUACUUUUCACGUGGCUGCAGCUGCACCUUAAAGCAGCGCGAUUUUUGCAGGAUGUUGGAGUUUCGGUGUAAGGAGAGACGCUUUCAUGGUUUCCCUCCCCUCCGUGUUUCAGAAAGCAGCGUUCACGACGGAAGCAACGACAACGAUGGCAGCGUCUGCGGCAGCGACUCCGUCUUUUACAGGCAGAGUGAAGGACACAGUAUGGCCGAGACGCUCACAGUCGCCCUGCGUGUUGCUGAGGAAGCUAUAGAGGAGGCCAUCGCUAAGGCGGAGGAGUUCCGGGACAGUCUGGAGAAGCAGAAUGAGGCUCGAUAUCUGCGGGACCACAAAGAAGAGCUCAUAGAGGAACUUGCAACAACAAUUGUGCAGAAGAUCAUUCAGAGGAGGAAGCGAUCAGAGAUGCAGACAGAGUAUGACUUUGUCUGGCCACAACCUCAAUCUCUAGUCCAGACCAGUGAGCUGCCAUCUCCUUCUCAACCUCACACUUCAUCACAGGACCCUCUGAAGAACCCCUACCCUCUGUGGCGGUCCCGGUCAGCGUUCUCCCUCACAAGUGACGACUCCCCAGAGAAAGGUCCAGAGGAGGAGGAGGCGGCUGCUGCUGCCGCUGCCUCUGGCGGAGGCGCUCUGCAGGAGUUCGCUUCUCUAAAGAGGGAGGGCAAGGCUGCAUCGCUACCUGGCUGGAAAAGCAUGGAUCGCUUGGACAACUCAAGUGCAUCCUCGGUGCUGCAGAGCCCGGACGGAAACUGGAUCGCUCUGCACAGCUCGCAGCUCUCCCGGCCCAGCCUGCUCACCAAGAGGAAGAGCCUGGUGUUCAGCGUCCUGGAGAAGGAGUCCAGGGUGGUCUCUGCGUACGACGAGAUGGGCUCCGACUCGGAGGAGGAAGACGAGGACGACGACGGCGGAUGGGGCGCGGCGCUCCAACAGUUUCGCCGCAAACUGUCCGAUGAGACUUACUACACGGACUCGCAGCACGACCCCGAGUGGACUUACACCCAGCACCCCGCUGUUACCUCGCCGUCCUCUGGCCUGUACACCAACACGGAGACCCUCAACUCGGACUCCGAGGCUUCGUCGGUUCUGUCUGCGUGUCCUCGCAAACCCACUCACAACUUGUUGAGGAGGAAGGGACCGGCGGACUCUCAGCUGCAUCCUCGCCAGCAGCCGCUGUACCAUCCGCCCCUCCAGCAGAGCUUAUCCCAACACUCAGCCCACACAGAGGCGCUGGAUGUGAACUUUAACCCCAAGCAGGUGACGGGAGACAGCAGCGACGCGGACGACAAGCAGUGUGUCCGAAGAUCACGGAGACGCAGGAAAAGCAGAAAGGAGUCGUCAACGGACCAGAACAAACCCGGAGGUCCAAACCAUGCACAGUCCAUCUACCCCUUAGCACAGGAGAACAGUGGUUUUCUACUCAACGCCCUGCUGAAGAGAGGUUUAAGCGAGGAGCAGCCGGUGCCUGACGGUACGCUAGCAGCACCAGCUGCACCAGACGCCCUCAAACUAGAUGCCCUGACAGCAGGAGAGCUAGAGCCCUCAAACACGGUGGCUUCAUAUUCUCCACCGCCCAACUCUGCUCAGCUUGACUCCGUAUCCCCGGGGCCAGAGAUCGUCUCCAGGAGCCCGGGGCCUGGAUCUGGUUCUGGAGAUUCUCUGGAAGUGGAAAUACGAUCUAAGCUCAGCCGGCUGGUCAGCCGAGGGAACAGCAAAGACGGCGUCUCAUCCGACGAGGAGGACAAGCAGACGGAGAAAGAAAGCGAGAAGCAGAAAGAGAAAUCGAGACCAAGAGAAACGGAGAGGCAAAGGCAGCGUGCAAGUGUCAAGAGAGAGAAAGAAAGCGGAGCGACGGAACAGGUGAACGGGCAGCAGAUGAAACGGGCUGCCGGAUUAGUGAAGAGCGCCUCGGCGCGAGAGGAAACGGGAGCUCAGGAGAGGAGGUUAGAGAAAAGAGCGGAGAGUUUCGUAGAGAGAGUAGCUGAGAAGGAGCAGAAAAGAGGAGAGGUGAACAGAGUAAGUAAGAAACAGCGCAAGAGAGACGGAGAGAAGGAGGCGGCGCAAAAAGGUGGAGCCAGGAGGAGCGGAUCCAGUGCAAGUUCCCCUGCUGUUUCUCCUUCUUCCCAGGAGGGGGGGCUGUCGAACAACCAGGUGGGACAGAAUGACUUGGAACAACAACAGAGGCUUCAGUUGCUCUCUUCCGUCUUGCAGCAGCAAAAGUAUUCAGCGGCCUCACUGUGCAGCAUCACCACGGAAGUGCUGAAGGUUUUGAACGCCACAGAGGAUCUGAUCGGAGAGGCUGGUGGUGAGAGCUACACCCCGUCCGAGUCCAUGAGUGCCUCUCCCAUAUCCAGCAGCUCCGAGACACGCAGGCUGGACCAGCGGCUUACCAAGAUGGAGGAGAAUGUGUACCUGGCUGCUGGAGCUGUGUAUGGCCUGGAGGGGGCGCUAGGAGAACUGGAGCAAUGUGCCCGCAGUAUUAGCAGUGGGACCACAGACACUGAUCUGGCCUUCCUGGAGGACCAGGUAGCCACUGCAGCAGCUCAGGUCCAGCAGUCUGAACUACAGAUAUCAAACAUCGAGGCCAGAAUUUCAGCUCUGAAAACAGCUGGGUUAAAUGUGACUGUCUGCAAUCGCUUCUCAAAGAUAAAGCCAAAGUCCAAGCCUGAAACACUGGACUCGUCGCGCCAUCAGAGAAGGAAACUCCCAGCACCUCCAUUAAAAGAAAAGUUGGAGUCAGAGCAGCAGGUUAAAGCUCUUCGGCCAUAGAGACAAGCAGCAGCACAAGUCCCUCAGGGCCACUUUACAGAGCCUCAGGGACAGGGGCCCUUCACAUCUAGUGCCUUGACCCAGCAUCUGCCUCCAGCUCUCGGCCAAGCAGGGACUGACACCCACCCUGCGUUCUCCACCCUCAGCCAACCUCAACAGCUGCACCUCACAGGAAAACAUUAAAGGCUGUUUGUCUUUUUCACCAUUAACCUUCAGUAUUUCUUUCUUCAAUGCACACAUGUAAAAGCUGACUUAGCAUUUGGUGUAUCUGCCUUAAAAUCUGCAAACAAUCCUCAUGCUACAUACAACUCACAGAAUAUAUAUAAAUAUAUAUUCAUCUGUACAGACACAGAAGAAUGCAUUGCCGUUCUCUAUCUGUUUGCAGCAGUGUUGUUACUAAGUGUAAGAUGAAGCUGUGGAAAGAUUGUGUGAGACUCUCUGUGAUUCAGUAUCAUGGAAAGACCAGACAGUUUUUAUGCUGUCUUGUGUUUUUAGUUCCCAAGUAAACUGGUAAAAACAAAACAGGUAUUUAUCCACCCUCCAACUCUCAUUAAUUUGUUUUCUUUUUUUCUGUUUUUUCUUUUUUUCAUUUUACACACUUAUAUCAGACGACAGUUACACUUAAACCUUUGGGUAUUUUAACAAUUUAAAAUCAGAUCAUUGCACUCACAGUACCUGAAAACAGUGUUUUAAGAUAUGCAAAGUAUCUGGGCCAAAACGUGGAAGAACUUUUCCUACCACUGCAACGUGCAGGAGCUAAAACAAAUGCAAAGCACAUUUGUGAUAUUGUUCAAUCUACUGUUGAUGUACAGAUGAGAACGAAAUAUUCAUAUAAUUGCAGCAUAGUUUAAAUGCCAGUGUUCUAAUUUAGGAGGAAGCUAAUUGAUAUCCAGCAUCCAGUCAAGCCAAUGAUCCUUCAACAGCCAGUUAUGUCGUGCUCCGUUCCUUCUAUAAAGUGUGGACACAGAUCUGGGGUUCAUAUCACACCCCAGGUCGAAUUUUUUUCAUGUGUCAAAUUGGAAGAUCAGUGGGAUUUGUCGUAUUGUCGUAGGCUAUCUGCACUAAUCUUUAUUUUAUGUGUUCAAACACUAAAGCAACGUGUUUCCAAACAGAAGUUUACAGUAUGUUGUUGGUUUAAUGAGAGAGAAUCUGACAAAAAGCUCAUGAACAGUUUAUAGCCAAGCAUCUACUUUCACUGUAUUUUAUAUGCGUGGCAGCCAUAUUGGAUAUUGAGCUCAGGGCGAUUUGGUGAUCUUCAAUUAUCCAAAACAAAAUUUUCCCUUCUUAGGGUGUUCUUAUUGUAUUUUUUUUUAAUUGUAACUCAAAAAAAAAAAAAUCCAAUUUCUUAGUACAACACAGCAUAGAGGAAGGGGGAACCAGCUAGCUUAAGUUCAAUAUUAAAUGGCUUGUGCUAAAUACAACAAAGUAAAAGUAAGGUGAAAUAAAUAACUUAUUCUACCAUAAUUAAAUUCCAAUGUAUCUUUCUUGAAGAUCACAUGUAUAUGUAAACAAUUUAUACUAAACUUGGUGAAGGCCGAGGAGGCUCUAACAGCCAGUUAGCUUUGCUAUGCAUGGGGAAAAGUGGAAGAGCCAACCUAAAGAGAUGAUGCAGAUGAGAUAGAUAAUAUAAGUCCAGUAUGUCUGACUUUAAGAUCACUUUGAGUCUAGAUAUAGUGCAUGCUAAUUAUACUGAAACAAAUGGGCAGUCAGCAACUUAAGCAAAUGAAUCAUCAUCAGUUAGCUUAACUAUGCACACAGGAAGUGGGAAACAACUAGCCUAAAUCUGAUGACGAUGAAAUAAAGAUCUUAUUCUACUAUAGUUGGAGCCCAGUAUGUAUUAAAUCAGGGUGAAUUUGGAUCCACAUAGAAAGUGUUAUGUAUACAAUCAUGUCAGUAGGUAUAACAGCCAGUGACUCUCCAUCUGUUGGCUUAGCUAAACAUUAGCACUGAUGAAGUAGGACACAAACUAGUUCAGUUAGCAAGGCUAUUUCUGUUGAUGAAAUAGACUAAAUGUAUGCGUAACGCAUGAUAAUCUGCUGACAAAAAGUCAGGAACUAAAGUUAGAAAUUUAUUUCAAAUAAAUAAUUGGCACAUUUUAGCUAAGUUCUUGUUGGGUGGCCAAAAGUUGAAAAAGUGACUAGGCUUGGAAGAAAACAAGCAACUGCGAAUGAUAUCAGGGUCUCCUUUUAGAAAUGUUAAGCUAAUAUGAAUCUUUGGUUUCUUGUUUUGUAAAAUGGCAACAAUUUACAACUGGCCUACAAUAUAUUCCUUAAAUUAGAGGUGGAGCACUGAACCUUUUCAAUGAAUCCCAAACCAAAAAGAAUUUCCUGUAUGAUCUAAAACCAAGAUGAACACGGAACCACUGAAAUAAUAAUAAUAAUAAACAACCUUAGUUUAACCAGGUUUGUCCCACUGAGCUCAAAAGUCUCUUUUAAAAAGACAGACAGUUGAAAAAUUGAGGUCUGACAUUCAGUGAAAAAAAAAAGAAAAAGUUCUCUGUAGAAUUUAUUUUACAUUCUUUGUUUUCAACUUUGUGGCCUUUCUUUUUAAAUAAAACGUUUGUUUUUGUUGUAUCCUUUUCCGGGUCAUAGCUGAACAUUUGUGUUGUAAUCAUAAAAAUCUUGUUGAGAUUUUUACACAACAUUUAAUGGGCUAUAUUAUAAAUGUCAUGAAAACACGAUUUUGUUACAAACAGUUUAUUUUUGUACUUGCAAAACAUUUUUAUGCAAUAUCGCAGAAACAAGGACUAUUACAAAUUAAAGGCUUUAUCCUGUCCUCUAAGGACCCCUAAUUAGCUCUACCAGACUUGUGGUGAUUCAAACUGCUUUCAGUGUAAGCCUUCAUUUAUCAGCAGUGGUGACAUGAGUGUUACAAAAACAGGUUGCUACAAAAGGCAUGUUUUUGAAGUGGCCAGUGUGAUUCACACUGUACUUGUAUGCUCCUUAGACACUAGAUUUGAGGAGACUGCCUUUCAUUCUGGGUAACUUUUCUUUACUCGGUGACGACUUACAUGAAUCAGAAUCUGAUUUAGCCAUGCACUUGGUUGUUUUUUUGUUGUUUCUUUUUUGCUUUGGCAAAAU